AUGAGGAAAACCUCCGAGGAUUGUCUCACUUUGUCUCCAGACUGGAAAGUAGAAGAUGAGGACAUCACACAGUAUAGUCCAGGAGAAAACCCGGCUCCCUCCAAUGUCCAUCCGGCACCACCCAGUGCAAAUGGACCAUCGGAUUCCUCGUAUCCUGAGGACCCUCAGACUGUGCGGGACCGGGCCGGCCUUCCCACAGAGAAGAACUUCUCCUGCACUGAGAGUGGACAGCAUUUCCAUAAUUCCAAUCCUAAUGUGCCUAAAAUACAUAAUACGGAGGAAAAGCCAUGGUCCUGCCGUGGGUCCUGUAAAUGCUGUCAACAUAUUGGACAUCAAAUAUAUCAUCCAGGCAAGAAGAAAUAUACCUGUCCUGAGUGCGGGAAAUGUUUUUCACAGAAGACCAAUCUUUACCAACAUAAGAGGUUACACACAGGUGAGAAGCCGUACUGCUGUACUGAGUGCGGGAAAGGUUUUACACGCAAAUCAAAGCUUGUUCUACAUCAAAGAUGUCACACGGGUGAGAAGCCGUACUGCGGGAAAUGUUAUACACAGGAAUCAGAACUUGUAACACAUCAAAGAUCUCACACGGGGGAGAGGCCGUAUUCCUGCACUGAGUGCGGGAAGUGUUUCUCACAGAAAACCUAUCUUGUCAUGCAUCAGAGGUCUCACAAAGUGGAAAAGCCGUAUUCUUGCCCUGAGUGUGGAAAAUGUUAUACACGCAAAUCGAUACUUGUUGUACAUCAGAGAUCUCACACAGGGGACAGGCCAUUUCCCUGCCCUGAGUGCAGGAAAUGUUUUUCAAAUAAAUCAGACCUGGUUAAACAUCAGAGAUCUCACACGGGAGAGAAGCCGUAUUCCUGCCCCGAGUGUGGGAAACGUUUUUCAAACAAAUCAGACCUGGUUAAACAUCAGAGAUCUCACACGGGAGAAAAGCCGUAUUCCUGCCCUGAGUGUGGGAAACGUUUUUCAAACAAAUCGGACCUGGUUAAACAUCAGAGAUCUCACACGGGAGAAAAGCCGUAUUCCUGCCCUGAGUGUGGGAAACGUUUUUCAAACAAAUCGGACCUGGUUAAACAUCAGAGAUCUCACACGGGAGAGAAGCUGUAUUCCUGCCCUGAGUGCGGGAAUUUUUUUUCACGAAAGUCCACUCUUUCCAUACAUCAGAGUUUACACAUGGGUGAGAAACCGUAUUCCUGUCCAGAGCCCCCCGCCCCUCCCCCCACUCCCAUCCCCCCCCCCCCCCCCGUCCCCGUUCCACCCCCUACCGUCAUACACCAGCACAAGCACUCGGGAGACCCAUUCAUUUACAUGGGGGGACUGGUUUCUAUAGCUACCCCCAGCUCUGCUGAUCCCCCAAGAUCUCACACAGGGGACAGGCCAUUUCUCUGCCCUGAGUGCGGGAAACGUUUUUCAAACAAAUCAAACCUGGUUAAACAUCAAAGAUCUCGCACGGGAGAGAAGCCGUAUUCCUGCCCUGAGUGCGGGAAACGUUUUUCAAAUAAAUCAGACCUAGUUACACAUCAGAGAUCUCACACGGGAGAGAAGCCCUUCCCCCCCCCCCCUUCCUCCCUCACCUCCCCUCCCUCCCCCCCCCCUUUUGAACUUUUUGCUAUUAAACACGUCCAACACCAGAGAUUACACACGAGCAGGAAGCCAUAUUCCUGUUCCGAGUGCGAGAAAUUUUUUACGCGGAAAUCAAAACUUGUUCUGCAUCAGAGAUCACACACAGGGGAGAAGCCGUAUUCCUGUCCCGAGUGUGGGAAAUGUUUUUCGCAGAGGCCCACUCUUUUCCGACACCAGAGAUUACACACGGGCAGGAAGCCGUAUUCCUGUUCUGAGUGCGAGAAAUGUUUUACGCGGAAAUCAAAACUUGUUCUGCAUCAGAGAUCUCACACGGGGGAGAAGCCGUAUUUCUGCUCUGAGUGCGGGAAAUGCUUUUCGGAGAAGUCCGGUCUUGACAGACACCAGAGACUGCACACGGGGGGAGAAGCCGUUUUCCUGCACUGA